CUGUUAGAGAUACAGCCAGCUCCCCCCGAGAGCAAGAGACCAUAAUCUCUAAAUUAACACACGGAAUGAGAUGGAGCCCUCGUGCUCCAAACAAGGGAGCGCGCACAGAGUACGGGAUGGAGAGGAUCGGGAAACAGAAAGCGCGUGAUACUAAUUUGAUCUAAGUGUUCAGAGGAAAGAAGGCGAAAGCACAUUAGGAAAUACUAUUUCCGUUAUUACAGUUUCAUUUUUAUCCCACAAGGAGACUGAAAACUAAUCAAAUGAGAAAUUGCAAUGCAAAGUGGAGAUCGUGAUACGAGUCAACAUAAGAGUUGGAAGUAGACAUACAACCAACAAGAGUUGUUUGAAACUUGGAGCACAGACGGAGCCAUGCAUUUUAUAAUGAGAAUGUCUCUCACCAAAUGCUUUCAUAUGAUGAGUAUCCUGAUCGCUCUGUACGCUUUUCCAGUCUCUAGUCUGAAGAGGAUACAAGCGCAUGCUGAGGACAGGCUGAUGAAGUCUCUCUUCGCCCGCUACAACAAGCUCUCCCGGCCCGUGGCCAACAUCUCUGACGUGGUGCUGGUGCGCUUCGGGCUGUCCAUCGCCCAGCUCAUCGACGUGGAUGAGAAGAACCAGAUGAUGACCACCAAUGUUUGGGUUAAGCAAGAGUGGAAUGACUAUAAACUGAGAUGGAACCCGGAGGAAUACGAGAACGUCACCUCUAUCCGCAUUCCCUCGGAGCUCAUCUGGAGACCAGACAUCGUCCUUUAUAACAAUGCCGAUGGAGACUUUGCAGUGACUCAUCUGACCAAGGCGCACCUGUUCCACGACGGCCGGAUCAAGUGGAUGCCCCCGGCCAUCUACAAGAGCUCCUGCAGCAUAGACGUGACAUUCUUCCCCUUCGACCAGCAGAACUGCACCAUGAAGUUCGGCUCCUGGACCUACGACAAGGCCAAGAUCGACCUGGUGAGCAUGGCCAACAACGUGGACCAGAUGGACUACUGGGAGAGUGGCGAGUGGGUCAUCGUCAACGCGGUGGGGAGGUACAACAUCAAGAAGUACGAGUGCUGCACGGAGAUCUACUCCGACAUCACCUACUCCUUCAUCAUCCGCCGGCUUCCGCUCUUCUACACCAUCAACCUGAUCAUCCCCUGCCUGCUCAUCUCCUGCCUGACCGUGCUGGUGUUCUACCUGCCCUCGCAGUGCGGCGAGAAGAUCACGCUCUGCAUCUCGGUGCUCCUGUCCCUCACCGUCUUCCUGCUCCUCAUCACCGAGAUCAUCCCCUCCACCUCGCUGGUCAUCCCGCUCAUCGGCGAGUACCUGCUCUUCACCAUGAUCUUCGUCACCCUCUCCAUCAUCAUCACCGUCUUCGUGCUGAACGUCCACCACCGCUCGCCGCGCACGCACAGCAUGCCGCAGUGGGUCCGCCGGGUCUUCCUGGACCUGGUGCCCCGCGUCCUCUUCAUGAAGCGGCCCUCCGCCGUCUGUAAGGACAACUGCAGGAAGCUCAUUGAAAUGAUGCACAAGGGCCCGGCCUCCGUCUGGGCCCCGACGGCGCUCCCCGACGGCCCGGACGUCCUGGCCCCGCCCUCCCCCACCCCGUCCUCGCCGUCGCCUCCGCCCCUAAGCCACCCCUUGGAGGAGCACCUCCCGAAAACGCAGCUCCUGCUUACCUCCCCCUCCAGCCAGUACUCCCUCCUCCUGGAGGAGCCCACGCAGACGGCGUUCCCCACCACGCCGGGCCCCCUGCUCCGCCUCGGCCUGGACGAGCCCCCGGGGGGCCCCAAUGCGCGUUCGCUCGGCACGCAGUGCGGGUUCGGUGAGGGGGCGGAGAACUCGUGCCACUGCCGCUCCCGGAGCGUGAAGCACGGCUGCCCCCAUGAGGACUCCUCCCAGAGCGACGGCCAGGGUGGCAGGUCCCCCAUCAGGUCCCCCUCUUUCCUUCGCCGGCCCCUGACCCAGGAGACGUCCUGCGGGGGGCCCCCGGACGCCGUGCUGUGUCCCGGCCGGACCUUCAACGUCUGCACAGCUGGCGACGGGCAUCGCCUGCUCAUGAUGUCACCCCCCAUGAAGCUGGCCAUCGAGGGCGUGCAGUACAUCGCCGACCACCUCCGAGCCGAGGACGCCGACUUCUCUGUGAAAGAGGACUGGAAGUAUGUGGCGAUGGUCAUCGACCGCAUAUUCCUCUGGAUGUUUAUCAUGGUGUGCAUUCUGGGAACUGUGGGACUCUUCCUUCCUCCGUGGCUGGCCGGAAUGAUCUAGAAUAAUCUAAGUCACGGAGGAGCCUCCCCUCCAUGGCCAAAUUGAGAGGGGGUGGACAGGGAGACACAACCGGAUGAAUUAUUCAUAACUCCCCUAUAGACAAUAUUCUUAUGAAGGAUCAUUAGGGCACAGGUAAAGAAUGAUAAUUGUACAGAAUCUUUAUUUAUUUAUGAAGUCACUUUUUGAAGAGUCGGGGUAGCAGAGAGGGCUGUAUUCUGACUGAAGCUCUGAGUCACUGUCUGUCACGUACUGCUGUUUCCUGCACCACACCAUACAGAAUGCAGAAUUCUUGGGGAGGCUCUGCUUUUGCUUUUUGAGUCUGGAACAUUCUGCAUCAAUUCUCUUUGAGACCAAAAUGCUGAAAGUGGACUCAUUCCCCCAGUGGACUGAUCCCCCUAGUGCUGUGCCUCCCAACCUCGGUCCUGGUGGCCCACUAUGUGGGUUGGUUUCUAUUCCAAUCCAAUCCUAGAAUCUUAACAAGCUGCUUAUGUUUCUCAAUAUAUUUACUUUUCAUUGAGAGAGGGAUUAUUUACCUUCCGAAGCCCCAUUAUGCCAGAAAUAGCGCUGUAGGCCAAGAAGAAUAAAAGUCCAAUGCCCACAUUGUGCUUACUGUGCUAUAUAGCAAACAAUUGCAUAAAAAGAGAUAACAAUAACAAAUAGUACAAGCAAUAAACAAUAAUGAAUAGGCUACUAAUUGGGUUGUUGAACUUUUGUUCCAGUUCUCAUCAUUUUCUGCCGUAUUCAUUAUUUUUUAUUACUUAUUACAUAUUUAGAAAGGCUGCCAGUAAUUCUAGAGCACUGUAUCUGCAUUAAUGAGCUGGUGUACAGGUCUACCUAAUAAAGUGGUCAUUGAAUGUAUUUGAAAAUGAAUAAAACAAUGGAGGCCAAACAUAAACUCAACACAGAA